AUGAGUUCAAGUUAUAAAGAACACCGACCUAAAUCGGCAAAAGCACAUCCUCCUAAAUGUCAUCCUACAUACGUCGUAGCAUUCUCUUUAAAUGAAAAUGAAGAUACAAUGAAAGCAGUAAAUGAUGACACAAACCUUGAUGCGACCAUAACUAAUUCAACAGUGGUAUCAAGUGUUAGAGAUCCAAACAAUAAUACUAUAAGUAGGAUAACUUAUAUUUUGAAUGAAAUAAUUGACAAUAUGACUGUUAGCAACGACGAUGACAAAAUAAAACAGUCUGUAACCGAAGACACUAUUGAGAAAAUCCUUGAAGAAAAUCACCAAUCAAACGUUUUAUUUAACAGUAACCUCAGUUUAGGGGAUAUAAGUUCAUCGAAUACAAGUACAGACACAAUUCGCAAUACAUCUGAUUCAAGUAAUUUAACGAUAUGUAGUAAUGUUGGAUCUUUACCGACAGAAAACUCAAACACAACUCUAAAACAUCAACAAAAACAUGACGAUUUAUAUUCUAAUUUCAUCAUUCCUCUGACAAGUAAAUGCAGCAUUUUUUCAGCUAAAAAUAAUGAGCAGCUGGAAGAAGUGAAUAAAACUGCAAAAAACAGCAGUAUUUUUUGUAAUACAGCUGAAAAUUUAACAAUAAACGUCCCAAGUGGCAUUCAUAUUCAGGUUUCCAAAUCUAAAAGUUCUUUAAUACUAGAUAACGUUAUUACACCAUACAAGACUGAUUGUAUAAACGUUGCCUUAGUGCAAAUGGAGAGGAGUCCUAUAGUUACUUGCAGCAAAGAAAAAAUUAAUUGUACUAAUAAUUGUAAAGUUAAUGAGAAUAAAUCAAAUUCUCUUGUAUUACCAAAAAAUAUUCCCAAUCCAGCAACAGACUAUAGUAAAUCGUAUCUGGUCUCUAAAAUUUAUAAUGAAAAUGAAAAUAGUGAAACAACACUUGUAGGUUCUGUAUUUUCUGGAUUUUCGAGUAGUAAUGAUGAACGUUUACACAAUACUGGAUCAAGUAUAAACAAGACUGAUGAUUCCAUGUGCUCUUUGACAUCACGUUCUCAAUAUUAUUCCAGUACCGAUGAAAAGCUAGAAGAUUCUUCUGUAAAACCUAGUCCAAUUUCCAAUACCAUACCUACGACCAGUGAUGUAGAGUAUGUAAUAGACACAAAUCACGUGAUAAUAGCAGAUGACAUGCGUAAGCUGUAUCCAUUAAAAAGUAAAGGCGAUGGUCAGCAGUUUAUGGAUAAGUUUACACAAAAUUUAAUUAAGAAGACCUUUGACAUUAAAGAUAAUUUUCAAAAGAAUGUGACCGUCACUUUACCGAAUGAGUCUACUAUUCAAGAAAUACUGACACAGAGAGAAAAUGUACAAAAGUUAUCGUGCUCCGAAGAGUCGAGAAAUUUUCAGCCAUUUCCUGAUAUGUGGGAAAAAAUAUCUGUAACACUUGAUUUAGCUAUAAAAAGAUUAGAGGAAUCAUUGAGUGACAAGAUACUAAAUGAACUGAAAACGACGUUGCAUAAAAUAGAACAUUUUGCUAACCAAAUGUCACUUCAGAAACCAAACGAAUCUGGCGAUGUAGAUGCAAUCGAGAAAGGAGAACCAAAUACUGAUGAAGGCAUGCAAUGUAAUAUUAUACAAAGCUAUGUGAUAGACAAUCUAAUGAUCAAACUGAGCGAAGAAGACCAAUCAGAAGGGAGUGCUAGAACUAAGAUCCUGAAAGUAAAACACCCAAAAAUCUUAGCCGACACUUUUGAAGUUCUUAAAGCGUACAGUAAGCCCGUUUCUAUACCAACUGGUGAAGGUGAUUCCUUGAGGGUGUCGUCUGGAGAAUCAGAAAUAUCUACGCAAUCUCGAAGGCGGAUACUAUUUCAUGGCCCUUUGAGAUUUUUAAGAGAAAAUAGCGUUGUCCUUGGCAGUGUCCCAGCAUUUUUUGUUUACAUGUUGGUAAUUUACGGUUUCGUUAUGUUGGUUGUAAAGGUUUAA